AACCAUUCUGUACUAUGUAACAAAUGUUUAAUUGCCACUCAGUGAACCCAGCGUCCGCACGGGUGCUAAACCAAGUGUGCUGUUUUGAUGGUUGCACCAGCAGCAAGAAACUGUCCUCCAGUUCAGCUGUCGAUGGGAUCCACCAUUCUAUUAACCCCAGCCAACUGUCAGAAAGUAUUGUGACUACUCCCAAUGGCCACAUUGGAAGACUGACAUCCACAGAGCACAGAGCCACACUCACAUUGGAGAAGUCCACACAGACAGAUCCUGCGUAUCCAGGGCAGGAAGCUGGGCAGGUCAAGGUCCCUCUCCACAGAUGUGCCCAGAGCCUGAAUCUGGAGGAUGCACUUCCCCCAGGGCAACCGCUGGAAACCAGCCGAGCUAAGCUCCACCGUGUCCCUGGUAUGGAAGAGGAGGAUGAGGAGCAGGAGGAAGAUGAAGACUGCGGAGGAGAGCAGGAAAAGGAGCUAAGUUGGAUGUCAUCGGUGGAGGACACCAUCCAGCCCACGACCAUCAGAUGCCUGCAGAGAGAGGAGUCCCAGGAUGGGAGCUGCUCUCCAGAGGAGGUGGGGUCUGGUUACGCUUCUGCCAGAAGCUCAGACCAGAACCUAAGUUCCCGCUGUGGACCUUUGUCCCCCAUCCAGGAAGGACAGAAGACGCCUUUGUGCGUGACCUCACUGUACUAAUGACAUUCUGCUAAUAAUCAAUCCUCUCUCUUAUGGCUGAUUUAAAAUACUUCUUCUAAUGAAUCAAAUGCCUUUCCGACUCUCUGAUUCUGGCUUGCGUCACAGCAAACCCCAGAUGCGCUGCAGAUCAACAUUUGGCCCAGGGCAAAAACUUUGGUCGAAAAAUGCUCUCAGUUUGUGUUAUGGGGCUUUCAUGUACGACAAAGUGUUUGAGAGAGUGCAAAGUAAAAGAAUGAUAGAUUUGGAUUUACACAGCACAACAGAUAACAAUGAAAGUUAUCGUUAUAAAAGAGUGGGUGUAUGACAUACUCUUAAAAAAAAAACCUCUAAAGUGAGGACAGGCUCUGUCAUCAUGUAAGCUCUAGCCUUCAUACGCUUGUUUUUCCAG